AUGGCGCAUCUUCUUAGCGAGUUGGAUCGCUUCGAAGAGGAGAUGCGCGCGCUCGGUGCGGAAUCCGCUUCCGCCAAGCCCGCUCCGCCGCCCGCGCACCUCAUUGCGCAAGUGCCCCUUCCGCCCGCUCCGCCGCUCCCCGCUAAAGGCGCACCUCCCGUUUCCCCCGCUCCGCCUCCCCCUCGCCCCCCUCCUUCGAUCCCCCCAGGCGCUUCUGCCGCGCGGCCCUCCAUAUCCCCUUUGCCCGCCCCGCCUCCUUCCGCCUACUCCCCCGCGCCUCGUCCGCUUCCGCCACACGCCCUUCCUCCGCCACCUUCCGCCUUCCCCCCAACUCCGCCGUAUCGCCCCGGCGGUUCUUGGUCACAGUCUCCCGCCAUUACCCCCCCUGCUGCGCAUGUUCCGCCAUCCCCGCCUCUCCCCCCGCCAGCGUCAGGCUCAACCCCCCCGUUUCCGCGAUACCAAGCACCCGCGCGCCCGUCGUUUCCGCCCUUUCCCCCGCCUGCACACGCAGUUCCGCCUUUCAGCAGCGGCGGGGGGGGAACUGCUCAAUUUCCGCCUCUUCCGCCUUCCGCGCCCGGCCCCGCGCCUCCCCCUACGCGGAAAGUAUACGCCGCUGCGCCUGUGAAAGUAACGAUGAAAGAAGAUGCGGGGAAGGAAGGGGCAGCGGGGGAGGCGGAGAAAGGUAUGGAGUGGGGAGUAGCAACGGGCAAGGGACAACACUUUCGGAUCGACUCAAAAGCCAACUCGCACCCCAUCUCCCCCCUCUCCCCCUCCGUCUCCCCUCUCCCCCUCCGUCUCCCCUCUCCCCCUCCAUCUCCCCUCUCCCCCUCCGUCUCCCCUCUCCCCACCCUGUCUUCCCCUUGUCAGGCCAACCCCAACGCAACAAGAGCGUCAGGGAAGCCUAUCAACUCUCAGGCGGAGCAGCUAUUCCAAAGGGAUGCAGCCAUGAUCAACCCGGCAGCAUUAGAGGGUGUUAAAGCUGCCCUGGCCAGUAACGUGCCGCUGGGGAUGGCCGGGCAGGCUGCUGGGCAGCAAAAGAAAAAACGGCCGGUGCCAAGAACAGCAGCCGGUCAGAAAUGGGAAGAUCCGACUCUGACUGAAUGGCCUGAGAACGACCAUCGGCUGUUCUGUGGAGAUUUGGGAAACGAGGUGAACGAUGACGUUUUGUCCAAGGCGUUUCAGAAGUAUGCGUCGUUCAACAAGGCCAAGGUGGUGAGAGACAAGACGACGGGCAAGACCAAGGGGUAUGGCUUUGUGAGCUUCGGUGAAGUGAUGGAUUGUGCUGCUGCUCUCAAGGAGAUGAACGGGAAGUACGUGGGCAAUCGGCCAAUCAAAUUGCGAAAGAGCUCGUGGCAGGAGAGGAUCGACACGGAGGCGCUUAAAUCUCGCAACCGCAGCAGCCGGCCUAAGGAGAAGCGUCAAAAGAAGAACUUUCUGCACCGCGCGAUCGACUUACCGCAAGUAGCCGUUGUGGGGAGUCAGAGCAGCGGGAAAUCCAGCGUGCUCGAGUCGCUCGUCGGGAAGGAUUUCCUGCCACGUGGAUCCGACGUGGUGACGCGCCGGCCGCUGGUGCUGCAGCUGGUGCAGGUGCCGAAGCGCGCGGACGGCAAGGCGGAGGAAUGGGGGGAAUUUCUGCACCUGCCGGGGAAGAGAUUCACGGAUUUCUCCGCGAUCCGGGACGAGAUUCAGCUAGAGACGGAGAGGGAGGUGGGGAUAAACAAGGGCAUAACGGAGAAGCAGAUCCGCCUCAAGAUCUUCUCCCCCCACGUGCUCACAAUCACCCUCGUGGACCUGCCCGGCAUCACCAAGGUGCCCGUCGGCGACCAGCCCUCCGACAUCGAGGCGCGCGUGCGAUCCAUGAUCCUCGCCUAUAUCAAGCACGAGACCUGCAUUAUUCUGGCCGUCACGCCUGCCAACGCAGACCUGGCGAACUCAGACGCCCUGCAAGUGGCGCGCAUGGCUGACCCAGAUGGGCAUCGAACAAUUGGAGUUAUCACCAAGCUUGACAUCAUGGACCGCGGCACAGAUGCAUGCAACCUGCUGCUAGGGAAUGUCAUCCCUCUGCGCCUGGGCUAUGUGGGUGUCAUCAACCGCAGCCAGGAGGACAUCAACGCGAAGAAGAGUGUCAAGGACGCACUCACCUACGAGGAGGCUUUCUUUCGAAGCAGACCGGUGUAUCACGGAUUGGCGGAUCGGUGCGGUAUCCCUCAGCUUGCCAAGAAACUCAACUCGAUCCUCGUGCAGCACAUCCGUCUUCUCCUGCCUGAUCUCAAGGCUCGGAUCAACGCUCAGAUGGUGGCGGUGCACAAGGAGCUCGUGGGGUACGGAGAAGCUGCUGAGAGGGCCACCAUGGGAGUGCUUCUGCUCAACAUUCUCACCAAGUACUCUCAAUCCUUCGUGACGAUAGUGGACGGCAAGAACCAAGGCAUGUCGACAGCCGAGCUGGCGGGAGGAGCUCGAAUCCACUACAUCUUCCAAAGCAUCUUUGUCAAGUGCAUCGAUGAGGUGGACCCCUGUGAGGACCUUUCAGACGAGGACAUUCGCACAGCCAUUCAGAACGCCACGGGAACAAAGAACGCACUCUUCGUACCGGAUGUGCCCUUUGAGGUGUUGGUGAGGCGGCAGAUAUCGCGUCUGCUGGACCCCUCGCUUCAGUGCGCGCGAUUCGUCUACGAUGAGCUAGUCAAGAUCGCCCAUCGCUGUGAGUCAUACCAGCUGGCCCGCUUCCCUGUGCUGCGGCGCAAAGUGGAGGAGACGGUGGGGAGCUUUCUGAGGGAGGGACUCACUCCUGCAGAGACCAUGAUUCGACACCUCGUAGACAUGGAGAUGGACUAUAUCAACACGUCACAUCCCAGCUUCAUCGGUGGCAGCAGAGCUGUUGAAAUCAUCCUGCAGCAAAUGAGGGAUGGGAAGGGCAGUGAGGGAGGAGGGCAGGGAGCAGCAGUAGCCGGCGCUGCUGGUGGUUCACUCACAGCAGGAGCAGCAGGAGGAGGGGGAUCCCCGUCAACAGCAGCAGUGGCGUCGGUGGCAGCAGCGGCGAAGCAGAGGGUGAUGCUGAUGAGGAAAGAGGGAGGCGGGCAGGGGCAGGGAGGGCAAGAGCAGCAACAGCAACAGCAGGGGGGCAAGCAGACAGCCACUGCUAACGGCACAGUGGCAGAUAAAGGGUCCUCGUGGGGCAUCUCGUCCAUCUUCGGUGGGCAGGAGAGGAACCGAGGAGGAAACGUCUCGUCGGCCACAGCACUCACUCCCUUCCCACUUGCUUCGCCUGAACCCAUCUCUGCCUCUGGUGGUGGUUCUGCCAAUGAGCCGGCAUCCACUAUUCUCCUCAGAGAGCCGCCCUCUAUUUUGCGAGCGAGUGAGCAGCGGUCAGCAGAGGAGGGGGUGGAGAUCGGGGUGACCCGGCUGCUCCUAAAAUCGUAUUACGAUAUUGUGAGGAAGAACAUCCAGGACGCCGUUCCAAAGGCGAUUAUGCACUUCCUGGUUAACCAUGUGAAGAGGGAGCUACACAGUGUGUUCAUUCAGCAGCUGUACAGGGAGGCGUUGUUUGAUGAGAUGUUGCAGGAGAGAGAGGACAUUGCAUCGAAGCGGCAGCGCUGCAAAGACAUUUAUGCAGUGCUUCAGCAGGCCGCUUGGACGCUAGACGAGCUCCCUUUGGACCCAGACGCCCCGUCUCGCCCGGCCUCCUCUGCUCUCGAUGCCACCGGCCUCCCACCUUCCUCCGGUCUCCUCCCACCUUCUCCUGGCUACCCCUCCCCUGGCCCCUCGCUGCCCUACCGCCCUGCACUCACCUCUGCUGGUGGUGGUGGUGGUACUUCGUAUGCAUACGGGCAUGGACGGGGAUCGAGCAGCAGAGAAGGGGGCAUGGGGUCCAUUCCUUAUGGCACUCCAAGCAGUCAG